AUGCAUCACGCAACUUAUUCAAUCAAACAAUUCCACUCAAGUUCAAAAUUACAAUUCCAUCCAAUAAUCGAAAAUAUCGUCGAGGAGAUAAAAGAAGAAGAAGAUGGAAAUAAUAAUGAUGAAAAAGUCAAACAGGGUACAAAAGAAGAAAAAGAUAAAAAUUCAAAAUAUGAAAGAUUUAAAUCAUUUUUAAUGAAAUGUAUUGAAACAAUGGGUAUUACAAUUUCAUCUAUUGGAAUUUUAGCGUUAGCUGGUUAUUUGUAUCAUAUUUUUUAUAACGAACAUGUAUUAAAACAAAUGAAUAAAGCAUUUGAAAAAAAUGAUCCUGCUUCUGAAUUAGAAUUAUAUUCAAAAGGAGGACAUAAUAAUUCUGAUUUAGAAAUUUUUAAAGAACAUUGGGUUAAAAGACCUCAACAACAAUUAUUAGAUGAUAUAAUAGCUGGGAAAAUAAUUGGAAGAUAUUUUUUAAUUAUUGGGGAAAAAGGAACAGGUAAACUGAGUUUAUUAAAAGAAGCAAUUAAAAAAGUUGAUGGCUUUAAUGUUGUAAUGUUAGAUGCUUCAAGAGAUGAAGAAAGUUUUAGAUUUAGAUUAGGUCAAGCUUUAAAUUAUUCUUAUAAUGAAAUGUAUCUAGGAAGUUUAUUUUCAAUUAGAGGUCCAAGAGAUACUACUGCUUUAUUAGAUAUUGAAAGAGCAUUUAGUAAAUUGGAAGAAUUAGCUAUACGAAGAGUUAAAGAAUACAAGCGUCCUUUAAUAAUGAUUAUCAACAAUGCUCAUUUGAUAAAAGAAAAUGAGGAAGGUAUUAAGUUAUUGGAAUUAUUACAACAAAAAUCAGAACUGUUAAGUGGUUCAGGUUUAAUGACAGUCAUAUUCAAUUCUGAUGAUUAUUGGGUUUAUGAAAAAUUAAAACAGUUAGGUACAAGAUUGGAAUUAAUUAAUGUUCGAGAUUUUUCAAGAAUUGAAACAUUAAGUGCUUUAAAAUUUAUAAGGCACAGAUAUUUCCCAAAAGAUGAAAUUUUAUCAAACGAUGUAUGUAAUGCAGUAUAUGAUUUAAUUGGUGGUAGACCUCAACAUAUUACACAAGUUGCUAGAAAUAAAGAUUUGAUUAAAGCAUGUCAUCAAAUAAUUGAUAGAGAGAAGACAUGGUUACUUAACAAAUGCGGACUUCUUGGUGAUAUGGAUGAUGAUGUUAUGGAAAGUGGUAAAUUUGCAACAAGUGCGAUGUUAUUAAUGAAAGAAUUUGUUAAUAUGGAUAGAAAAAGAAUGAAUACUGUUAUUGGUAAUGGAGAAAAAACUCAAUAUGUUGAUCAUCAUUUACCUGAAUUACCAUUAUGGAGAGCAAGACAAGUUAUGACAAGAGCUGAUUAUAUUCAAAAAUAUGAUGAUUUAAAUAUAUUCACGAUAGACUCGGAAUCAAGAGUUAGAGCCGAUAGUGUACCAAUGAUGAGAGCAUUCCAUGAAAUAGCAUCACAACCUCAUUUCGAUCAAUUAUUAGAGGAUACAAUAAAUAGAAUAAGUGAUAUUGAAGCAUUAGGUAGAACAAGAGAAAUAAUGUUGAAAGAUUUGAAUUUAGGUAGUAAAUAUAAAAUUAUAAAAGAUGGUAAAGAAAUUGAAAUGACUAUAAAGAAAUCACCAAAGCAAAUGGAUGUACAUGGAGAAUUUGAAGAAUAUAAUAAAAUUGAACACAAUGAAGAAGAAAAUGAUGAUGAAGAUGAAGAUGAUCUUUAUCUUGAAGAAAUUCAUAGAAAAGAUAGUAGAAAAUGGUGGAAAAAAAGAAUGGAAAAAUAUGAUGAAUUAUAUUUACCAAAACCUUUAAAGGGAUUCGAGACUAAUGAAGAUACUGUUUUGGAUAUUAGUAGAGUUGAUGAGGAGUAG